UCUCUCACUCACGGUGUCUCUCUCAUUUCCAUUCAGUCUGUUGUUGAAGCAGAAGCAGCAGUCUUGUAUGUGGAUCCUUGGUAAGAGGACAGCUGCAGGAGAUACAUCCCGGACCAAACUGCCCCGAGCAACAUGAUCGUUGUGAGAAUCGUCGCUUGCCUGUGUCUGAUGGUGGGCUUCUCGCUCCAGGUGGACGUGCAAAGUGGGAAAGAGGCAGCAAAAGCCGGGAAUUUCAUGGAAGAUGAGCAAUGGCUGUCAACCAUCUCCCAGUACAGCCGUAAGAUCAAACACUGGAAUCGCUUCAGAGACGAAGUCGAGGAUGACAUCAGAAACGUGGAGGAGAACACAGGUUCUGAUGAAACCGUGGACACCACCAAGGACCCGUGCCAGAACGUGAAGUGCAGCCGCCAUAAGGUGUGCGUCGCUCAGGGCUACCAGAGGGCCAUGUGUGUCAAUCGCAAAAAACUAGAGCACAGAGUCAAACAGCCAGGUCAACAGGAAGCUCAUGAAAGCAGCUGCAAGCCUUGUCCUGUUACUGCCUCCUCACCUGUAUGUGGUUCUGAUGGACACAACUACGCCUCUGAGUGUAAGCUGGAGCAGCAGGCCUGCCUCACAGGCAAAGAGCUGAACAUCAUGUGCACUGGCUUUUGCCCCUGUGCCACAGCCCCCAUUACCAUCACGAAUACUGACACAAAACGUGAGAGCUGCACUGGCCAGGACGUGGCAGACCUGGGCGACCGCCUAAGAGACUGGUUCCAACUCCUUCAUGGUAAUGCCAAGCAGAAUAACUCUGGCAAGCUCGGAGCUGGCACUGCUUCAGGUUUGACAGCGCUGGACAGGAGCCUUGUAGCCAGCUGUAAGGACUCCAUCGGCUGGAUGUUCUCAAAGCUGGACACUAACAGUGACCUGUAUCUGGACCAAGCUGAGCUGGCGGCUAUUAACCUGGACAAGUACGAGGUCUGCAUCCGACCCUUCUUUAACUCCUGUGACAGCUACAAGGAUGGGAAGGUCUCUACGGCGGAGUGGUGCCUCUGCUUCUGGAGAGAAAAGCCGCCAUGCCUCGUUGAGCUGGAGAGGAUCCAGGUGCAGGAGGCGGCCAAGAAGAAGCCUGGAAUGUACAUUCCCAGCUGUGACGAGGAUGGCUACUACAGGAAAGUGCAGUGUGACCAGAGCCGAGGGGAGUGCUGGUGCGUCGACCAGCAUGGUGGAGAGCUGAUGGGCACCAGAAUCCAUGGCAACCCUGAUUGCGAUGAAGUGGUGGGAUAUUCUGGAGAUUUUGGGAGUGGAGUGGGAUGGGAGGACGAAGAGGAUAAGGAGGCAGAGGACAACGGGGAGGAGGCAGAAGAGGAGGAAGAGGAGGAGGGCGAGGCAGACGAUGGAGGAUACAUCUGGUAGAACUGUCUGACCCCAUGCGGAGAGCCGAGUCACAGCUGCUGGCCUGAAAAUCUAUAGGUUAGGCUCUCUCCUCACAGCAAAAGAUUUUGGGAUCGAAAUGGGGAGGCAUGGAGUUGUGUCAUCCUGGUGGGAUAUGUGGUGCUGGUCAGGUCCAGGGAUGAGACGAUGACCAGUUUUUGUCUUAGAUAUGUGUAAUUGCUUCAUUCUCUUCUGUUUUUUGAGCAACAGAGCUUUUUGUUUUGCUGUCCUGAAAAGCAGGGCCCACUGACUACUGCGCCAUAGGUAGCUAAAAUCCAUCAGAAUUCCAAUCUUGUCCAACCGCCAUCUAUGCAUAUAGAGAUUACCAGUAAAUUUGUAUUGUGUGAACAAUUGCUUGAGUAUUAGAGCCGCCGUCCCACUGGAAUGACGAGAGAUCAGAAUUUAAAGGAAUAGUUGGACAUUUUGGGAAAAACGCUUGUUUGCUUCACUCUCACAUUAAAUAUUAAGCUAGAGCUAGCCAACAGUUAGCUUUGCUUAGCAUAAAGACUAUAAACAGGGGCUCUGUUUAAAUGUAAGAAAAUAUGCCUACCAAAACCUCUAAAGCUCACUAAAUAACAUCUUACAUCUUGUUUGUUUAAUCUGCACAGAAACCACAGUGUAAAAAUAAAACGUUUUUAUGAAACAUUAUGUGCCAGACUACAGCAAUUCACUUUGCAAGGAUAGUCUGCACCUCUAAAAAUGAUAUGACGUAUUAAUUAGAAGAGCUUUAGAGGUGCAGGUAGGCAGAUUGUGUUACCUUUAGAGAGAGACAGUCUAGCUGUUUCUCCCGUUUCAGCCUUUAAAGCAGCUAUAAUCAAUAUUUUAAUAACAAGUGACAUAACAUAAUAACAGUGAGGCUCAGCUCAUUGUUUAGCUCUCUGGCCCACAACUUUACUGUUUUGAUUCAUUCAAAGGUCAAAUUAACAAAAUCAGGCAGGAAAAACACUCCAAAACGUUACCUGUGGAGUGUUGUGACUCUUCUUAUUUUUCUGUAUAAAGUUCCAUCCAUCCAUCCAUCCAUUGUCAUCCCCUUAUCCUGUGUACAGGGUCGCAAGCUGUAUAAAGUUAUGGCCCACAAUGAAAAAUGUUUGGCCACCCCUGCUUUAGCAGCUGAAGAGCCAGAUAUUUCCCUUAGGAGCUGGUAGAGCAUAAAAAGCUAAAAAAGAGUUAACGUUGGACUUCCAUUCACCAGAAACACGACUCCAUAUGAAUGUAAAUGUUGCUCCGUAACUGUUGUGUGAUCUGUAAGAAAUUGUUCAACUUAAUGCCAUAUCAACUUAAAAAGCAAGAAUAUGUUAAAGCAGUGUUCAAAACUUGUUUCCGCUGCCCCCAACGGGCCACAUAAAUCAGUUAUUACAGCUCUGAUCUAAGCUGAGCUAACCGUCUCCUGGCUGUAGCUUCAUAUUUACCGUUCAGACAGAGGAUGGUUUUGAUCUUCUCAUCUAUCUUAGAUUGAUAGCCAGCAUUUCCCAAAAUGUCAAUCUAUCAGUUCAGUGCAAUGUGGUUGUGUAUUUCCAAACUGAUUCUGUAUAUAAAUCCAGUUUAAAGGAUCUGUGAAACAAAUUUAGAGGAUUCAGGGUUACUUCGGUUUCAAGCUACCUUUAUGAUGAAGGUGCACCACAAAGGAGUUUUUACAUGCUUUACGAUUUAAGUGGAUACACAUGACUAUAGGACCUACAUUUCCAGUUGCAUUACUUUUAUUGAAAACCUGUAGAAUGUACUUUAAUGACCCAAACUGCACCUACAGUAGAAACCACUAGUCGCUCUCCUCUGCUAACUCAUGUCAAAGAAUGUUCCACAACUAUGUUUUAUUCUGAGUUUGCAACUUGAAAAAUUGUAUUUUGUGUUUAUAUAAAAAAAAUGUGUUACUUGAAGUUCUGUGUGUAUACUUGAAUUCACAUUGUAAUUUUUUUUUUCUAUAAGAAUAUUGUUGCCAUGUCUUCAUUCAUGUUAUUAGUAGGCCGGACAUUUGGUUGUUUUUAGACUUGCAUGUUAGUAAAUAAGAAUGUACUUCUAGGCUGAGCACUUUACUAAUAAAGGCACUGGAGCCAA